UGACUCGACAUCCUAAUUGCAACAUUAGCGAAAACCCAUCGAAAAUAUAUCUCAUUUAACUAGAGAUUUUUACAUUUAAUAUUCAUUGUUUCUCCCAAUUUUCUCCUUUGCCGCGUUUCUCCUCCGCCGUCUGGAACAUCGGUAAGCUCCACCACCGUCAUCCUUACCAUUCGAUCCGGCUGUUCUUCCUCCAUUCCCCGUGCUCUUCCAUCGGAGAAUUAAUAGUUCAGAGAGUUGGGGAAAUCGUAAUGUUAGCUUCAAUUUAAAUUAAUGAAGGAAGUAGAGAGAGAGAGCUGGUGAGCUCUCCGAUUAUGCGAGUGGAAUAGAAGGGAGGGAUUUCGAAGGCUGAAUUAGGAGUGAGUUGUGAAGAUGGAAAACAGAGAUGAUCCUGGGAAGCAGGAUGACAAUCAGAAACAGAAGAGUGCAUCAUUUGUUGUGGAAAUACCUUCUUAUGAAGAAGUGGUUGAAAGUUCCCAACCCAAGUCGCAAUCUUUAUUCAAGCCUUCGCCCUCGUUUUCGCAAGCUUUUAACUUUAUAAAAAGCACUGAAUUUUACACCACCCCGCCAUCUGCGCCAGUGGCUCAGCCCUCCGUAGAUGCCCCCUCAUCCUCUCAAGUAUCCAAUCAAAGAAAAACCAUUCAAUCUCAAGCUCCAUCCACUUCAGUUUCAUCAGCUGGUGCAAAUCGGAAUGCCAUCAUCGUUAGCCACAGACAGAAGGGAAACCCUUUACUAAAACAUAUAAGGAAUGUUCGAUGGGUUUUCGCUGAUGUUGUUUGCGAUUACUUGUUGGGCCAAAGUUCAUGUGCACUAUAUUUGAGUCUCCGCUACCAUCUUCUACAUCCAGAUUAUUUAUAUUUCCGGAUAAGGGAACUGCAGAAGAAUUUCAAGCUUCGCGUUGUGUUAUGCCACGUUGAUGUGGAAGAUGUUGCUAAGCCCCUGCUCGAAGUCACGAAAACAGCACUACUCCACGACUGCACUCUUUUAUGUGCUUGGAGCUUGGAAGAGUGUGGUCGGUACCUGGAGACGAUUAAAGUUUACGAAAAUAAACCUGCGGAUCUUAUUCAGGGACAAAUGGAUAUGGACUACAUUUCAAGAUUAAACCAUGCACUCACAUCAGUGCGGCAUGUUAACAAGACAGACGUCGUUACCCUUGGAUCUACUUUUGGGUCUCUCUCAAAUAUCAUGGACGCAUCAAUGGAAGAUCUUGCUCGUUGCCCCGGCAUUGGAGAAAGAAAGUCUUUUUACAAUAGGUUAGACGCUUGCAUGAUACUUUCCAUGAGCCAUUCAAGCGUGCAGUUCCCAACCCUGCACCCGUUGCUGAAAAUCCUAUCAAUAACGAAGGUGGGCCCGCCUCUGGAAGCGAAAGAAACGAUGAAGUUAAGGAGAAUCAAGAGACGAGCAAAGAGCACAAGAAAGAAGAAGAAAUCAAUGUAAGAUCUGCCCUAAAGGCUGCAUUUGCCAAGUAUUCCAGCACCAGAGGAAGCAAGAGGAAGGCAGUGGUGCAGGCUGAAAGGGAAGACGACGACGCCUGAAGAGCCAACGACAGUGAUGACUCUACAAGAUAAGUUUUUAUACUCAGUGGUGGAAGCUCUUCUUUAAGCUAUCGUAAUACCGUUGAUGCAUUCACAUUUGUGAGUUGUUUAGGUUGUUUCUGUGUUGGUUGCAAGAAAGCAUAAUGUAUGACAAAUAAGUCGAGAUACUAGGGUCGGCGGAUGAUAAAAGCACGCACGCAUCCACAAACCAACGCACUAUCUCAUCACUUCGCUUGCACUAUUCUUGGCCUCAAUCCUAUCUUAUCUCAUCAGUUCACUAGACAUUUUUCAUGGGUAACAUAUAAUUUGCAAUUGGUGCAUA